CCUUAGCUAUGUGUGUGAAGUUUGUUUACAAAGUGCAUUUUUAAUAAUAAUUAUAAUCAUAAUGAGCGCUACAAAGAUUGAAUUUGCAGUACAAUUAAAAAAAGGCGAUGAGCAAAGCGUACAGCAAUUACGGAAUGUUCUGGAGGGCAUGGGUCGCAUUGAUAUCGACUCUGCGGCUGGACGAUUGACAAUAGAGACUGUUGCGCCUUGGUCUGAAGUGCAGGACAAAAUAGAAAGCACCGGUCGACGCGCUGUGUUAUCCGGAUUCGGCGGUCAGUCUGCUGUGGCGCUUAUAAAUAAUACUGGCUGCGUAGUAGAUCGCACGCCUGUGCAGGGCGCCGUUCGUUUUACGACGAUUGCAGCGGAGCAGGCAGGUGUGGUUGUAGAUGGAGUUGUAGAUGGCCUGGAGCCAGGACUUCAUGGCUUUCACAUUCACGAAAGUGGGGAUGUGUCCAAGGGUUGUGAAUCCGUAGGCGACCACUAUAACCCACGGAAUUCACCACACGGCAGUCCACAGGCGGGUGCAAGUCAACGGCAUGCAGGAGAUUUGGGUAACAUACGAGCUGAUGAAACUGGACGAGCUACAUUUCGCUUUAUAGAUGCUGGCUUGGAUAUUUGGGAUAUAAUAGGGCGUUCUGUAGUUAUAACAUCAAAUGCCGACGAUAUGGGCGAAGGCGGCAAUGCGCAAAGUCUUAUCGAUGGCAAUUCAGGAGACCGCAUUGCAUGUGGCAUUAUAGCACGUUCAGCUGGAAUUUUACAAAAUUUUAAGCGAAUAUGCGCCUGUGAUGGAGUAACGCUCUGGGAUGAACGCAACAAACCGCUGGCUGGAAAGGGACGUUCCCAAAAGCUUUAAGCAUUAAAUUUAAAAUUUUUUAAUGGUGAAUUGAUUGUAAAU